CACAGCCGCACGCUUGCCACGUGUUGUAGGAAAUUUGCUGCUCAUUCGAGCAAUUUUGUUGCUUUUAUAUAGUUUUUGUCGAUUGCCAAACAAAACAAAACGAUGAAUGACGGUGCAGGUGAUGGUCUCAGCCUUGGGAAGGUGGUCAUCGAGGGCAAAACAAAAGUUGUCUACGAAGUUCCAGCACAUCCAGGUCAAGUAUUGCUCGUAUCGAAAGACCGUAUAACAGCUGGGGACGGAGCGAGGUCACAUGACUUGGAGGGGAAGGCAGCAAUCUCUACGGCAACAUGCGCAAAGAUCUUUGAAUUUUUGAACAACGCUGGUGUUAAGACGCACUUCAUCCGCCAACAUGGGGAAAAGAGUUUUCUUGCAAGACAUUGUGAUAUGGUUCCGAUUGAGUGGGUAACAAGACGGGUCGCUACGGGAUCGUUCUUGCGUCGCCAUGUGGGCGUCAAAGAGGGCUUCAGAUUCUGCCCUCCGAAACAGGAAACUUUCUUCAAGGAUGAUGAGAACCAUGAUCCCCAGUGGUCUUACGAGCAACUGAUUGAUGCCAAGUUGGACAUCGGUGGGCAUGUGAUCGGUGCUGAUGAGGUUGCGAUCAUGGAGAGGAUGACACUGUGUGUGUUUGAGAUCCUCGAACAUGCCUGGCAGUCGUUGAAUUGUAGUCUGAUUGACAUGAAGGUAGAGUUUGGAAUCGAUAAGGAAACUGGCGAGAUUCUUUUGGCUGACAUCAUCGAUAGUGAUUCAUGGCGUCUUUGGCCAGCCGGUGACAAGAGACUCAUGAAGGACAAACAGGUUUACCGUGAUUUGAAGACGGUCACGUCAGAGGCCUUGGAUACGGUGAAGAGGAACUUUGCGUGGGUUGCUGAGCAGGUCAAGAGCUUGCACCCAAAACCCCAUGCCAGGGCUGUGAUUGUGAUGGGCUCUCCCACUGACCUCUCAUAUGGAGAAAAGAUCGGCAAAGUCCUGAAAAGUCUUGCUAUUCCCUAUGAUAUCCGGGUAUCGUCUGCUCACAAGGGGACUGAUGCAACACUCAGGAUUCUGGCCGAUUAUGAAGGUCUUGGUAUUCCUACUGUGUUCAUCGCCAUCGCUGGUCGCAGUAACGGCCUUGGUCCCGUCCUCGCUGGCAACUCUACCUGGCCCGUCAUCAACGCCCCUCCACUCACUCCAGAAUGGGCUUCGGAAGAUGUAUGGUCAUCUCUGAGACUUCCUUCAGGUAUUGGCUGCGGGACCGUAAUCACACCAGAUGGAGCUGCAGUCGCUGCAGCGCAGAUGCUUGCCUUGUCUGACCAUGUCGUCUGGUCCAACCUCCGAGCUAAACAACUCAACACUUGGGUCGGAUUGAAAAUGGCUGACCAGGACCUCGUAAAGAAGCUGCAGGCUCAAAAUGAAGGGGUGGCAAAUGGAGUACAUUAGGACUGUUCUCUAUGAAGUUCAGCCAGUUAUGCAUUUAUAGUUAAGAAUCUGGACUGAAUAUUUUGCAUGUGGCCAUAUAAUUUUCUUCCAUUCUAUAUUGUCAGCAGACUGCAGGCAGAAAUGAGAAAAUGUCUUUUAGUUGUGCAUGUUUUGGAUAAGGUUUAUUGUGAAUGUGAAGGUGUAUUGAACAAUUCCAAGGAAAGGUUUCAGGUUUCAGAAUACAUAUUGUUUUGUGUGGGAUUAUGAAUCUCCAAAUAUUUUUGCCAAAGAUGCCUCAAAACCAGUGAACAUGAGCGCUGAAGUUUGUUUUUUCUAAAUAAAAAUCAUGCUAAAGCUUUAGGUCGUACAGUGGGAUCUCAUUGUAGUGAACACCUUUUACAGUGAAUACAUGGUUAUGGUGAACUACCUUAAUACAAUGCAUCCAUCUUGACCCUAGAUAUAUUGAACUUUCGUUGAUUCGAGGAACCAAUUUCAGUCCCGUUGUAAUGAUGUUCAACUGGACCAGACCAAAGCCAUAAAACAAUUUCAAUGCAAUUAUAUUGUUGUACCAAAGGGUCUUGAGUU